AUGGCAGACGGAAUUCACUCUACAGGCCGUGGAGGCGCUGGCAACAUCGGCCGUGACGAUACAAUCNNUACACUGAUGGUAGCAUCGUGCGCGAAGGCUUUGUUGGCGAGUCUUCGAAGCCUGAGUACUCCUCCGGUCGUGGAGGCAUGUGCCGGCAAUAUCGUUGAUUCGCCCAAAGUCGCACCCGUCGACAAAAGCUCUGCUUCAGAGGAUGUGAUCCCCGAGCCUGCUAUGCGCCACUCUGCAGGCUAUGACAACUUUCACACUGGUCGCGGAGGCGAAGGAAACAUCUACAAGGAGAAGUAUGGAGGCCACAGUGCACCGACCCAGGAAAAGGACAAGGAUAAGCAGCAGGAGAAGGAAAGCUUGGGUGACAAGGUCAAGCACCUCUUCGGCAAGAAGGACUAA